AUGCGGUCACCCGUCUUGCUGCUGAAUCUGUUGGCAGGCGCGAUCAAGGCUGUCCCGCUAGACCAGCAGCCGCUAGGCGAUUCUCAUAUUGAAGAAUUCCAUGAUGCAGCGCAGUUGCCAAUGACAGGCGCAUCCGCUCCUGGCUUGCAUGGUCGUUUUCUUCACAUCACUGAUUUCCAUCCCGACCUAUACUACCGAUACCACGGCGCGAGCGAUGACGGGAGCUGCCACAAUGGCAAGGGUGAUGCGGGAUACUUUGGAGCCGAAGGCUCGGACUGCGACUCACCCUUGACACUGGUGAACGAGACAUUCCGUUGGAUAGAGCAGAACCUGAAGGAUGAUAUUGAUUUCGUGAUCUGGACGGGCGACUCGGCCCGCCACGACAAUGAUGAGCGCAUCCCUCGAACUGAAGAGGAGAUCCUCGAAUUCAACAAAUUCAUGGCCGACAAAUGGGUGGAGAUGUACGGUGUCCGGGAGAAUGAUGUUGGCACGAGGGGUGUUCCAGCUGUGAGUGUCCCUGUCGUGCCCACUUUUGGCAACAACGACAUCGCGCCGCACAACAUCUUCAUGGAUGGACCCAAUAAAUGGACAAGGCGAUAUUCAGACCUUUGGCGCCACUUUAUCCCGGAGGACCAGCGCCAUAGCUUCGUCGAGGGUGGAUGGUUCACUUCCGAGGUCAUCCCUGGCAAACUGUCUGUCAUCAGUUUGAAUACCAUGUAUUUCUUCGACUCCAACAGUGCGGUAGAUGGAUGCGCAGAUAAGUCAGAGCCUGGAUAUGAACAUAUGGAAUGGUUGCGGAUCCAAUUAGAACUUUUACGCUCUCGCAAGAUGAAGGCUAUUCUGAUGGGCCAUGUCGCGCCCGCCCACUCGAGUCAGAAGGCCAGCUGGGAUGAGACUUGCUGGCAGAAGUAUACUCUGUGGAUGAACCGCUAUCGUGACGUUGUGGUGGGAUCCGCUUAUGGACAUAUGAACGUCGACCAUUUCAUGCUGCAGGAUAGUCAUGAUGUCGACUUCGAGUUCCUGGCGGAUAAGACCACCAGCGAACGGGUGGGAAUCCAGUCCAAGACAGACUACCUUAGCUCUUUACGAUCGGACUGGGCAGAUCUUCCAUCCCCACCCUCCGGAGUAUUUGAUGAUUACGACUCAUCAACCGUCGAUUCCCAGAAGAAAGGGAAAAAGAACAAAGACAAGGAUCGGAAAGACAAGAAAGACAAGAAGAAGGAGAAAAAGCGACAGAAAUUUUUGAAGAAGAUUGGAGGCCCAUGGGCUGAGCGAUAUAGUGUGUCACUGGUUUCGCCCAGUGUGGUACCGAACUACUUUCCUACGCUUCGCGUGAUUGAAUACAACAUCACCGGCCUAGAAAAUGCAUCUGGGAGCGAUUUCGUGGACUCUGCAGCAUUGACAGAUUCCAAUCCCGAGCAGGACUCACCAGAAAUCUUGAAAAAGAAGAAGGGUAAGAAGAAGCCCGACUUCAAGGUGCCUGAUGCACCAUCUCCCGCUAGCCCACCAGGACCUGCCUACUCUAAUCAGCCCCUCACUUGGCUGGGUUACACUCAAUACUUUGCCAACAUCACCCAUGCGAAUGCACAGUAUGCAUCUGGCAAAAGGGACGCCCACAUUCACUAUGAAGUCGAGUACAAUACUGGAGAUGAUGUGUAUCAGAUGAAAGAUUUGACUGUGCGGAGCUUUUUCCAGCUGGCCGUGCGUAUCGCAGAGCAAGGCGAGGUGGCUAAUGGGGUUGGUAUCGCCAAAAAGGUGAAUAAGGCUUGGGGCGCCUUCCUUGCCCGUGCAUUCACCGGGUUUUUUGAUGUGGAUGAUUUGAAGGAUCAGCUGGAAUCAUGA